AUGGCAGACCAAGGAGACGCCCCAGCGGCGGUCGAGCACCUCAACAUUAAAGUCACCGACAAUAAUAACGAAGUCUUCUUCAAAAUCAAGCGGUCUACGCAACUAAAGAAACUCAUGGAUGCUUUUUGCGAACGUCAAGGGAAACAGUCAUCAUCGGUUCGUUUUCUCUUCGACGGCACUCGUGUGCGCCCUGAGGACACGCCAGACACGCUCGAGAUGGCAGACGGCGAUACUCUCGAAGUUCACCAAGAACAAAUUGGAGGAUGA